CUCUUUAAAUCACUUUACGCUGAAUAUCCAUUGAUUGUAGCACAGCAUUAUGCCCUCAAACAAACGAGACAAAGGAGGAGGAGGAAGUGAAGUCCGAACAGCUGGGACGCCGAGUAGUUUCUCUAUGUUUCAGUUGCUCAUAUUUUUAAUCGCGACUUCUUCGAUGGCAAUGAACUUUGCAAUGCUAUACGGGUAUAUUCCAAUCAAAGGUAAAUUUAUGAAUUCUUCUUUUUUUAUUUUUGUGUUGUUCUUAAAGUUAAGCAAUUUUCGUGACCCCUUCAAGAAAACUACCGAGCUUUUUUCCAGACUCAAAUGCUUGAGCUGAGGUCGUACACCCAGCUGAGGUAAAAAAGUUUCAUUCCUAACCCACCCGUUUUGUUUUUUUAAACUGUUAUAUAUAUUUAAAUAUUAUUUCAGGAUGCGAGGGUCCCCCUGGAAAAACAGGCGAGAGAGGUGAGAACAUUUUAAUUUGUACGGUUUCCAGAAGAAUCUACGCAAAGUUCAUUAGAAAAAAAGCUUAAGCUUAUAUGUUAUAAUCAAAACAAACGAAAGGAUUGUAGCUGCUGCCUCUGCUUAUUCUGUUCUACAGCAAUACAUAUUUUCUUUUUCUAUUCAAUGAUAUUUGUUGAUGAUAUUUUUUUAAAAUUUUCUUUCUUAAAUUUCAGGUCAUGCGGGUCCCCAAGGAGAAUCCGGUUCUCCCGGUAAGCCAACACAAAAUCAGUUUCAUUAGAAUUUUUAAAGCAAAAAAGUAAUAUUCUUCGAUAAAUUUUCGCAACUUUUUCAGUGAACAUUGGUCUCCAGUGAUUUUUCCAGUUUGCAUUAGUGUGCCGUGACAUGUCACGCUUUCAGUCGCUCUUUAAAGAAGCGAGAAGCCAACAAAGUAGUUUUCUUUUUCAUUGCCAUUAUUUCGAAAUACGAGCACAAACCAUUUGCUGGGUUUUUUUAUUUAACUUACAGGAAGCCUGCAUCAUGAAUAACUUUGUUAGGAUUUUCGAGUUCUUGUUGUUGUGUGUCACGCAUUUUGAUUCACGUCCGCGCCCGUCGACGUGGCAGAUUUCAUUCCAAUCCCUGCGGGCAGCGACGAGUAAGGCUUCCCGUGUACAUAUGUAUGCUAAGUAGAGUAAAUAAUGCUAUGGAAACGAAUCAUUUCAUUAUACAUUUCUGGAAAGUGAGUAGAAAUUGAUUAAUUAAGAUCACUUUCAAUAUUUAUCUAGUAACCCUAAAAUAAAUAAAAUAAUUAAGAAAAUACUAUUCAACAAGCAAACACAAUAAAGACAAGAGUCCUUUAUAUUAGCCUUAUAAAAUUAAUUUGUUGUGAUUUAAUGCCUGUUAAAGCAGAAGGGUGUGGAUAACAUAUUUUUGAUAAAAAGCAAAAACAUUGUUUUAAUUUCUUUUAAUUUGAGAGAAAAAUCUCAUUCAAAUUAAGGCUGCAUAGAAUAAAAUAAUUAUGGCAAAUUUUUAGAAAAGUCAGUCAUUUUGAAAAGGUUGCUUUGCAAAAAAGGUAUGAGAUUUUGAGUACUUGAAGGUCAACGACAAAAUCAUUUGUCUGAUGGUCGUUAAUAAUCUAUUAAUCUUACUGACUUGAUACUGAUAUAAGUUACAGGUUUAUUUUAGUUUAUGAUUUUCUGUCUUCUGCCUGUUUUAUUUUUGAGAGGAAUAAACAGCUACUUUGACUCUUUUUACUUUAUUCUCACUGAUUAGGGCUUGGUUUAGACAUCAAAUUUCACAUGUGCCGAAUUAAACUCCUAUGAGUGGACUAAAACUAGUAAUAGUCGAUACUAGAGCUGCCCCCACUCUGUACAUUGUCGAUCAAUAGUAGAAGCUACCAGUAGUCAAGAUGCUAGGAUGCCUCCUCGGGAUUUUGCCUUCUGUGCGAAAUCCCUGAGGGGGCAAUAAUUGAAUACCGCAGUUAAUUCAGAUGUCGGUGUCCAAUUUAACUCUGUUUGUUGACAGAAAAAAUAUUCCUAGUUACUAAAGAAUUUUGUUAUUUAAGAUGGUUAAAGUUUCUAUAAAAUAUUAAUGCAUUAUAUUCGGCACAUGUAAAGUGCUUUGUCUGAAUCAAAAAAAUAAUGUCAAACCUAAUUCGACUUUUCGACUCUUUCAGUUACAGAUUUAGCAAAUGUCCAGUUUAACUGAUUUAGACAUCGCAUCUCGCAUGAAGUGAAUUCUCAAAUUAAACUGAGCGCACGUGAAAUUCAAUGUUUGAACUGGACCUAAUCAAUAACAACUACUUUUGCAGUGAAACAGUUUAAUAACAGCUUAAAACUUCAGUGAAAUAAAUGACAUUUUUGAGCCUUUUAAGAAGUUGUGAAUUAAACAUAUAAAAAUAGGUCUUCCUGGCAAAGCAGGAAAUAAAGGUGCAGAUGGUGUUCCAGGAGAAAAAGGUGACAGGGGUAACCCAGGGGAACCAGGACCCCAGGGAGAAAAAGGACCCCCAGGGGAAAAAGGACCCCAGGGAGAAAAGGGGAUACCAGGUAGACAAUAACAUGACCAUGUCUCUUAUAAAUUAUAAGUUUUAAUGUAGAUUUGCUUUGUUGAAUUGUGUUUAGCGUGCAUGUGGACAUCUCCCUUUUCUUUUGUUACUCUUGAAAAAGAUACCUCUACAUAUCGCCAUCGCUAGUCAUGUUUCAGUUUCCCAAGAUCUUGGGAAAGGACUGUGAUUGACUGCUUUACAGUGGGAGUUGUUGAAAUAGAUUCUGAUUGGUUGAAAGGCACAAUCUUUCUUCUUCAGGGAUUUACAAACCCACAUUAAGUUAGUUUGGCAAAAUAAACAUUGUUUGUUAUUGAAGGGCUAGCUAGUAGAAAAAAGAUUAUUUUUCAGUUAUAUACAACUGUCUGUAUGUUUGUAAAUCCAUUGCUUAACAGCCAGACACUGAAAAGGAAUCAUUUACACAUUUAUUUGUACAACAUUAAUACCUGAAGUUGUUGAUUUACAUUGGUCUGUAAACGUCUCUUCAUCAAAUUUCAUUUUUUAUUGUAAAUGUUUCAUAGCACAUCUUGGGCUUUUUGUUGUAGGUGAACCAGGCUUAAAUGGUGAGAGGGGCCCUCAAGGGCUCCCAGGAGAAAAAGGAGACAUAGGAGCUCCUGGGCAACAAGGAACUCAGGGUGAAAGAGGACCCAAAGGGGAUGAGGGUGGGACAGGUACCUCAUCCAAUUCUGUAUAUUCUAAGCCUUCUCUUUAUAAAUAAAAAAAUAGACCUUAACAAAAUUGAACUAUGCUGAAAAUUGUAACAAUUUUGAUUAAAAUAAGUUUCUUACAAUCCACACUGUAACUUAAACAUAAAUUUAAUUAACACAUUAAUUUUGUAAAUUACACACAUUAAUUCUUUUAAUUUUGUGACUUGACGUAUUAAACUUGUUAUAUAAACAGUUUAAACAUACAGUUAAUGUUCUGAAUGUUGAUUAUUAAUAAUUGGUUUUUGGACUAUUGUUAAAUUUUAUAUCACAAUAGUCAACUCUCUUUAAGAUGGUCAUUUAGUGAGCAAAGAAAGUAGUGUCCAAUAGCCCAAGGCUAGUGGGUUUUGCUAUUGGGCUGGUAAAUUCUGUUCUUAACUUUGAGGAAAUUCAAAUAUUUUUACAGAAGAAUUGUAAUUAAUGCUCAUUUAAAUUUUUUUUUUCAUUGAUGAAUUUUCGGCUACAGUAGUACAUGCUACAGGUUGCCCAAAUGGCAAGCUGUAAAACUGUCUUUCUUUGUACCCUGUCAUUCUCAGCACUGUCACUGUCAGUCCUCAGCUUUAUAUACAGUGUACAGUUAAGAAAAUGUCUGAAGAAUGGUAAAGGCCAACUGUAGGUCCAGUAGGUGUCUUUUCAAGGGAGUUGACUGUAUUACAAUAACAGUAACUGUAACUUAAUUAACUUGAAUUGCUUGAUUGAAUUCUCUGUGUUUGAUAUUCAGGUCCACAAGGACCAGCAGGUCCCCAGGGAGAGAAGGGUAAGUAUAAAUGGAGCUGUGCCACUGAAUUUAAACUUAUGGAGAAUUUACUCAGUAGAAUAUUAUUUUGAAUUUUUUAGGUUUCUGUGCCCCAUGAAUGUUGCAACACCCAUAGAUGGCAUUGAUACAAAAGAACAAAAAAUAUAAUACUACACCCUAUUGACAUUUAUGUACUACAUGUAUGUAGUUUUAAAAUUACAUUGGAAAUAAUCAAAAUAAAGAGCCCAACAUAUUUGCAUUUCUUUGCAUUUAUAUUUCUCAGGAGACACUGGCCCAGAAGGACCCCAAGGUCCACAGGGAUCCCAAGGUAUGUAUGCAAAAUACAAAGUAAUAUUAUAAAUGUAUGCAGUUUCAGAGGAAUCGUUUUUGACACACAAUUGCCUUCCUCUAUUUCUAUUGAUGGAAAAUAAUGUAAAGAAAGUUUAAAUAUCCAAAGAAAGGGCUGCUCAGUAGUCUUCUGUUAAGAGGAAAUAAAUUUAAAGCCCAAACUUGCAUGUAAAUGCUGAGCGUGGUCCCCAUGCAAUGCAUGCUGAAGUAGUUUCGAUUCGAUUAUUGUGUAACUGUGCCUCAGUUUUGUUUGAAAUGUUAUUACAGGACCUCACGGAGAGAGAGGACAGGACGGAGCUAGAGGAGAGAAUGGUAAUGAAGAUUGCAACCUUGAUGCAUUCAAUCUUAUCAGUACAAGGUUUUGGGGCAUGGAAAAAGAUAUUAAAGGACAUGUGUCACGAAAUUUUUCAAAAUUCAAGCAAUGGGAACUGCCACCAAAUUGAGUGAAACGUAAAAAAAUCCCUUAAAACAUUAAUUAAGCCUGGAUGGACAGACUUGAAGACAAUUAAAAGGGAUGUGAAUUGUUUUUCAAAGUUCAAUUUUGUUUUUUGUAAUGUUUGGUUUAAUGCUUGAGAGACAUGCAUGUUUUGUUUGACACGACGCCAUGAUUUUGUUAUUUACAUGUACAAGUCCGGUAGUUUCUUCACUAACGUUGAGUUCCAUAGUGAAAAACAAAUGGCAGUAUUAACAAAAUGGAAUGGACAGCAGCUGUGGCCUGCACAGCCCCUACUUAGAACAUUCUAACUUCACUUUUGUACGGUGUUGUGUUUUAUGUUUUAAUCCAGUUUUUAAAGAAAAAUAUUUAAGUCCAAUCUCAUAAGGUUAGGCCGACAUUUUGUGCAAUUUAACUUGACAUUAUUUUGAAUGCUCCUUAAGGAGUUCCAGGUCCACAAGGCCCCCAGGGAGAACAGGGACCACAGGGAGAACAGGGACCCCCUGGUGAACAGGGUCCUCAGGGAGAACAAGGAGCACCUGGACCACAAGGACCCGCUGGGGAAGCACAUACAGGAGGACAAUAAUGGCUUACCAAAAGCUGAAAUUCAAUCUGUAAGUUAUAAAGCGUUAUCCAGUAACUAAGCAUUACUCUUUACUCUAAGCUCUAUUUUGUAUUCGUCAGUUGCUUCCCAAAAGGAUCUUGGUGGGAGUGUUUAUGUACGAACUAGAUGUGGUAUUAGCAGUAGCUGGAUAAAUGGUUGUUUCCUUAGUGAAAGUUGAAAGUUCAUGUUUCAAGAAUUAGGCCCGUUUAAAACACAUUUCCAUUAACAAGAAGCUAAGGCCCCUUUGAUUAGGAAAGUGGAACAAUAUCCUCGUCUGAAAAAUAAGUUGCAAGUUUGAACAGGCCACACAUGUAUGUAUACAACAAUAAAUUAAGCUAGUUGUAAUUGUUUAGUGAUCAAUUUAUUAACCGCUUUCCUUGUGCUUGUGCUUAUCUCGUUAUUUUUGGUGUUUUUUCAGGAUAAAUUUGAAUGAGGAGGUUACCUUGCCGCAAUCUUUUCCUACCUGCUAUGAACCGGACAACUGUAAAACAAUUUUUUUGCCAUUGUAAGCGGUGCAUCCCUGAUGUCGUUAUCAAUUUGGGAAAGGAAGACAGUUUUUUCCGGUUGAUAUUGAUCGUUUGGUUCCGUUUAGUAUAUGCCAGAUUUAAUCUUUGCAGGAUUUUAUACUGUGAUAUUAAGCCAUUUUUAACAAGAUUUCAAGAAUUGCUCAACUCAAAAGUUAAUUAGAAAAUGACAUUUUCUCAAAGUGGCCAAGAACAAACAGGAUGGUUGGAAAAAGUACUACUAAUAGUAGGCCUCGAUGGAUGGUGGUCACACUUCAGCCAGACUGAAAAUAGUCUGCUACACAACCGUUUUCAGUGCGUCACGCAACGCUCCUCCUCACUAGCGUUGCGCGUUGCGUGACGUCACCAAAAACGACUGUGUAGCAGACUAGACUGAAAGGUGACUGGGGAAAAUACUGCUAAUUAGCUUUCUUUACACGGCGGUUGCACUGCAUCGAACAUAGUUUUGCUAGGACUAGUCUACUGCUUGUUUUUCUAAGUAACGGUUCCCCAUGCUUUGGGCAUUUUACUGUAUUUUCUAGAUGGAAAUAUGCUGCUAAAAUUGUUAUAGCUUAUUUACAAGUAUUUUAAAUUUUUAAAGACAAAUAUUUUAGUAUUUGCAUAAACCAGUUUUGAAGUUUUUCUCAUAACUGUAUGACAAAGUAUUUUCCUGGAGAAUUUUUCAAUUCCUUAUAAUCCCCUGCACGUAUUUUUCAGUGAUUUAUAGUUUCAAGAGAUGAUUGAUUGCUUACAAUUGACGAAUAUUUCGUCUCGUACUGGCCCAAUUUUGUGCCUUAAUAUUCUUUGCGGCUUCCGAAGAUUUAAGCUUAUUUAUUUUUAUAUUGCGUUUUAAGUUUCUUUAUCUCGUGUAAAUCUUAAUUGUCUUCUUUUCCUCUGAAAACCCGACCUGGCAUAUAACAUAUUUUAGACAAGUGAAAAAUCAACUGUCAAAUUGCUGUUUUCUGUGACAAGUUGUAAUCCCUUUUUGAUUGAAAUUAUUAUCUACUGUUAGCUUAGCUUUUAGUCUCUGUAAACGUACAUUUUGUCAUUCUUUUGUGGGUUCUGACAUGAAGACCAUAAUGA